CUGCGCUUCUGUCCCUCCCAGCAGUCUGCCGCUUUGCUGCUGCUGCUGAAGGGGUGCCGCCUGGCUCCCCCUCCCGCCCUCUUCCCUCUGCCCGCCUCCUCCAAUCGCGGCUGCCCUUACUGCCGGGUGGGCUGAGCUGCCCGCCUGCACGCCCAGCUGAUCCGAGGCUCGGCCAUGAUGCCUCCUCCUGGGAUCCCACCACCAUUCCCCCCAAUGGGACUGCCCCCAAUGGGACCACGCCCACCCCCUAUGCCACCCAUGCCUCCGGGCAUGAUGCCACCUCCGCCGCUGAUCCCACCCAUGCCUGGACCUCCUCCCCUGGGACAGAUGCCCACUAUGGUGCCACCAAUGCUUCCCGGAAUGAUGAUGCCUGGGGUGCCAGCUGGUCCUGUAUCUGUUUCUGGAGGGGCAGCUCCUGUGACAGACCCGUCCAGUGCUGCUGUGACCCAGGCAGCACCUGUGAUUCCCAGUCCAUUGUCAAGUGCCAUGCAGCAGAAUGUGAUAGUCAGUGGCUCCCCGGUAUUGGACACCGGCCGGAAGAAGCCUGCGUGGAGUGAGCACAGGGCCCCUGAUGGGCGCAUUUAUUACUACAAUUCUGAAACCAAACAAUCAAGCUGGGAAAAGCCGGAUGAGCUCAAGUCCAAGGCAGAGCUCUUGCACUCACGCUGCCCGUGGCGUGAGUACCGCUCGGAGACCGGGAAGCCCUAUUACUACAAUGCGCAGAGCAAGGAGUCCCGCUGGACCCGGCCCCGCGAGCUGGAUGAUAUUGAGGCACUGAUCAAGGAAGAAGAAGAGGAAGCAGAGAGGCAACAGCCGCAACAGCCGGAGACACCACUGUCGGGACCUGCCAGUCCCAGCCCAUCUUCUGCAGCCACGUCGGACACAGAAGGCACCGGCGGAGUCGAAGGACGGGAGACGCCAGGCACCGAGGGGGCAUCUGCUGCACCUGAGGAGGAGGUUACGAGCAGCUGUGAUCCUGGGCAGAGAGAGGAGGAGGAGCGUAGCACUGGCAAUGCCUGGAGCAACAAGGAAGAAGCCAAACAAGCUUUUAAGGAGCUGCUCAAAGACAAGGGUGUCCCAGCAAGCGUGUCGUGGGAGCAAGCUAUGAAACUCAUUAGUAACGAUCCACGGUUCAGUGCCCUGCCCAAGCUGAGUGAGAAGAAGCAGGCUUUCAACGCCUACAAGGCCCAGCGGGACAAGGAGGAGAAGGAAGAGACCCGACUCCGAGCCAAGGAGGCCAAGGAGGAGCUGCAGCGCUUCCUGGAACAGCACAGCAAGAUGAGCUCCACCACCCGCUACAGGAAAGCUGAGCAGAUGUUCAGGGAGCUGGAGGUCUGGGCCAUGGUGCCUGAGAGGGACCGCAAGGAGAUCUACGACGAUGUUCUCUUUUUCCUGGCCAAGAAAGAGAAGGAGCACGCCAAGCAGCUGCGCAAGAGGAACAUCCAGGCGCUGAAGAGCAUCCUGGACGGCAUGAGCCGGGUCAGCUUCCAGACCACCUGGUCCGAGGCCCAGCAGUACCUGAUGGACAACCCCAGCUUUGCCGAGGAUGAGGACCUACAAAACAUGGACAAGGAGGACGCCUUAAUCUGCUUUGAGGAGCACAUCCGGACGCUGGAAAGAGAGGAGGAGGAGGAGAGGGAGCGUGGCCGGCUCCGGGAGAGACGCCAGCAGCGCAAGAACAGGGAGGCCUUCCAGGCCUUCUUGGACGAGCUUCAUGAAAACGGGCGCCUGCACUCCAUGUCCACCUGGAUGGAGCUGUACCCCUCACUCAGCACCGACAGACGCUUUGCCAACAUGUUGGGCCAGCCUGGCUCCACCCCACUAGACUUGUUUAAGUUCUAUGUGGAAGAUCUCAAGGCACGCUUUCAUGAUGAAAAGAAGAUCAUCAAAGACAUUCUUAAGGACCGGAGCUUCAGUGUGGAAGUCAAUACAACCUUUGAGGACUUUGCCCAUGUCAUCAGUUUUGACAAGCGUGCUGCCACAUUGGAUGCUGGCAACAUUAAGCUGACUUUCAACAGUCUGCUGGAGAAGGCUGAGGCACGGGAGCGGGAGCGGGAGAAGGAAGAAACCCGUAAGAUGCGGCGCAAGGAGGCCGCAUUCAAGAGCAUGUUGCGGCAGGCGGCUCCCCCUCUGGAACCCAACACCGCCUGGGAUGAGGCACGAGAGCGGUUCGUCAAUAACAUAGCCUUUGAGCAGAUCACCCUGGAGUCAGAGCGGAUCCGCCUCUUUCGUGAGUUCCUGCAAGUGCUGGAGACGGAGUGCCAGCAUUUCCACGCCAAGGCCAAAAAACAUGCCAAGAAGCCCAAGAAGCACCAUCGCAAGCGCUCUGCUUCCGGCUCAGAGUCGGGUUCAGACCAUCCCCACCGUGCAGCCAAACGCAAGAAACGGAACCACUCUGAAUCAGCCGGUUCCGGGGCAUCUUCCUCUCCUGAUUCAGAGCACAGCACCAGACGCUCCAAGAGGCAGAAGAAGAAAAGCAAGAAGAAGAGGCAUAAAUCGAACAGCCCUGAAAGCGAAGCUGAGCACAAGAAGGAGCCGAGCCGGCCUGAAGAGUGGGAGCGAGAGAAGGCCCCUCCGCGACCUGAGGGUAGAGGCCACUCCCCUCCCCGAGGCCCCAGGAGGGAGCGGAGUGGCUGGGAUACCUCAGAGAGCGAGGAGCUGAGUGAGGGCGAGCUGGAACGUCGGCGCCGGACUCUGCUGCAGCAACUGGGAGACCAGUAACCGCCACGGUCUCUCUGGAGGCUCCCUCGUCACACGUGAGACCCAGCCUGGCCCUUGUUCCUGCAUAGGUCCUGCCUUCCUUUGGCCUGGAUGGCCUCCAAGCCAAGGGGGUGCCUGUGUUGCUCUGGCCGGAGCCUGCAUGGUUGAACCACAACCCUGUAUUUGAAACGUUCACCUGCUCCUGAGUUGGGAGCGGGCCCUGCCUGUUGGUGGGGAUGAGCUCCGUCACCUCCCUCUGCCUGCACGGAGCACUAGGACAGGGCGAGGGGUCUAGGUGCAUCCCCUAGACCUGGAGGGCAUCUCCAGAAGUCAGAACCAGCUCUCCAAUCCAGCCAGAAGAGGGGGGUAGGCUCCUCCUCCCUGCAUCAGCUGGCAACCUUGCCCAGGAGCGAAUGGCAUCUCUUCUCAGCAUCCCCCGAGGCCUCAGCAGCUUGGAGCCUCCUUGGCCAUGUUCUGGCCUGGCCAAGCCCACCUAGUUCUGGCAUCAGCCCUGCGUAGUCAGCAUGGGUUUGGAGGCAGGGAUGGGGUGUGUAGGUCUGUUCUGGAAGAUUUGUCCCUGUGACUGGGUCCCUCUUCCUGGUUGCAGUAUCCUUUUGUGUUUGGGGGAUUCAACGGGGUUUUUAAGAUAAUAUUUAUAAUAAACCUGGACUGGAAGGAA